AUGGAUAGGGAUAGAAAUAACGGACGAAGAUUCGACGACGGCGAGGUCACGCGCUACGGCGCAGGCGAAUCAUGGCGACCGUCUGCGAGAGAACGAUCGCCCUGGCGAGAGAGGAGUCCAAUUAGGGACCGGGAGCGCAUACGUGACUGGGACGGCCGCGACAGCCGAGACCGGCGAGCAUCGCCACCUCCCAGCAGCGAUAGCUACAUCCCUGGGAGAUCGCCGCGACGGCCACGAUCGCGUAGCAUCGACCAAUAUAGGAUAUCAGAGCGUGCGCGAGAGUCUGAGAGAUGGCGGCCAGUCGAGCGAAGCCGCAGCCGCCCCAGGAGCCCCGGUAUGCGGCACAUUGGCAAUGGUAACGACAUACGGCGAAGCCCGCCGCGACGGUUGUCCCCCAGAUAUGUCUCGCCACGUCGUGGCGGCGACGACCGCGGCAGGAUACUGGACCGUGACCGCGGACGGUCUCCACCGCGAAGGGAUGCACCCCCUCUGCGAGAUAUGAGACGCUCGCCGCCCCGAUUUCGACCGCGCUCGCGUUCGUCAGAGCGACCGCUUGGUGACGACCGCAUGGGCGGGCCUGUGCGACGCACCUCUCCUACAAGAGAUUUCGGAAUCUUUGCUGGCCAGCCACUUUCGGCUAUUGGCUCGCGUUCUGGGUCUCGUCCCAGCUCGCCCCGGAGAAGCCCAGUGGGGCGGCAGCGCAACGAUCGUUCCCGGCAGGCGUCGCAGACGCCUCGUUCACCUCAUAUGGGAGGCCUGGCAGGCGGCGGGCCCAAUGCCCCGACUGGGUCUUCUUACAGCGUAGGUGGCGGCCGAGAUGGCUAUUUUGACUCACCCAUGUCCCAUUCUCAAUUUGCGACGCCGGCUGUUCGAUCUCCACCAUCUGGUCCGGCCUCUCUCCGUCAUCCGCAGAGCGGCCCCAACCAGAGCCGGAAAAUGGCCCCCUCCCCAGGCCCGUCUACGCCGUUGGCUGGCCGCCCAGCCCAAGGACAUGGCCGCGGCGAAGUGUCUCCUCUCUCAGCUUCAGGCCCGCCGACAGGUCCUCGAGGCUACGGCCAAGGUCGUUCUGGUGGUGCAGGCGCCGAGCGAAGCACCGGCAACAGCGGAAAUUCCGGGAUCGGCCCAGGUGGCCCGAAUGGCCCAUUCACGCCUCGCCAAGGAGGUCGCGGGAAUGGACCAUGGGUUCUUUCGGCCGGGUCUGGGCGCCGAAUGAGCUCCGCAGGCCCGUCGCCAACUACGGGAGGGCCUAGUGGCGGCGGAGGCGGGGGCGGAGGCAUCCCUACCGGGCCCCGUGCGGGACCGGGUGGCCCGCCUGGGUCAUCUGCCAACGGGCCUGAAAGGCCCAGCGGCCGCCGUAGCCGCGGGGGCUCGCCAUCCCUAGGUGGCGGAUCGCGGCCAUUCAACCCGCCCACAGGGCCAGCAUCACAACAGCAGGGUAGUCAGCAGCAGUCCUCUGGCGCAGCGAUGAAUGGUGAUCGAAACAACUACCACCGUGAUCUGCGGGAUCGUGACCGGGAACGGGACCGUGACCGGUCUGGUCGUGGGUCGUUGGCCAUGUCUUCGUCGACACAAUCGGUUGCGCAACAAGCCAUGGCCAACAUGCCGGUGCUUAUACCGGGUGGAAAACUAGACCCGUUGUUGCACAUGGGCAUCCUGCCUGAGAUCGUACCCCACUACCAGAGAUUACGAGAGGAAGAGGAACGGCUUCGGUCGGAGUUGGACGUGAAACAGGACCGCCUCCGCAAACAACUGCGCUCAUGGGAUAAGAUGGAACGUGAAGCGCGAGCAUUUGAGCUGAAGAGUGAACUCAGCGAGAAGAGCCUCAAAACGAUUGCGGGCGAAAGCAUGGGUGGUGCUGCAUUUUAA